AGGUGGCACUGACUGGCACUGAUGGGUGACAUUGAAAGGCAGCUCAGAUGGGCACUGAUAUGUGGCAUUGAUGUGCACUAGUAUGCACUAUGUGGCAUUGAUGUGGCACUGAUGGGCACUGGCACGUGGCACUGAUGGGCACUGGCACGUGGCACUGAUGAGCACUGACAGGUGGCACUUCUGGGGCCACACUGAUCAUCAGGGCACACUGAUAAUCAGUGCCCUGCGGCUCUCCUCUCGAGCUGUCAGCGUGACAGCUCGAGAGGAGAGAAAUGCCGAUAACCGGCAU